GUUACAAAUAAAAAAGUCAGUAAAGCAACAACAGCAAUAAUUUUUAACAUGUCAAGUAUUUGAAUAUUAUUGAAUUCGGAAGUACUGAAGCAGAGAUUCAAAUAAAAGUGAGAUUUAAAUAAAUACAGUCAGAAAAAAUGAAGACAUUACUGAUUCCUUUACACAGAGUAAAACUACUGCCUCUGUGUCUUGGUGUUUCACACUUGAGUUUGUCAAAUCUGAAAACAUCUACAGUGGUAUGGAAACAAAACAACCACCAAAGGUCAUUUUGUGAAGUAUCCAAAGACCCCAAGCCUCAGAAUUUUACAGGUUAUGACUCCAUAAAGAAGUAUAAACCCAAAGUACCACAAUACUUCAACUUUGCAAGUGAUGUACUAGAUGAAUGGGCUAUAAAAGAAAAGGAAGGACUUUGGCCUUCAAAUCCAGCUCUGUGGUGGGUUAGUGACCAAGGAGAUGAGAUCAAAUGGAGCUUUGAGGAGCUGGGAUAUUUUUCUAGAAAAGCUGCCAAUAUCCUGUCUGAAGUUGGUGAACUGAAGAUAGCUGACAGAGUAAUCCUUAUUUUACCACAAAUUCCUGAAUGGUGGUUACUAAACGUCGCUUGCAUCAGAACAGGAACAGUGUUAAUUCCUGGAACAACACAGCUGACAGCUAAAGACAUCCUUCAUCGACUUCAGAUCUCUGGAGCCACGUGUAUCAUCACAAAUGACAGCACAGCAUCGCUGGUAGAUUCUGUUGCUUCAGAAUGCCCAUCUCUUAAAACUAAAUUCAUUGUAUCUGAAGACAAUAGAAAUGGAUGGCUGAACUUCAGACACCUUAUGAAAACAGUUUCUUCUAAUCACAACUGUGUGAGAACCAAAAGUGCAGACCCAAUGACCAUAUUUUUCACCAGUGGAACCACAGGCUCACCGAAAAUGACGCAGCAUACUCACAGUAGCUACGGGAUUGGACUCGAAGUUAAUGGAAAGUACUGGUUAGAUUUAACUUCUUCUGAUGUGAUGUGGAACACCUCAGAUACUGGUUGGGCAAAGUCUGCCUGGAGUAGUGUGUUUGCUCCAUGGAGUCAGGGAUGUUGUGUGUUUGCAUAUCUUAUGCCACGCUUUGACUCAAAGACAGUUUUGCAGGCACUGUCCAAGUUUCCUAUAACAACAUUCUGCUCUGCUCCAACUGCAUAUCGUAUGCUUGUACAACAAGACCUAAAGAGCUACAAGUUCAAGUGUCUUAAACACUGUGUAAGCGGAGGAGAGCCAAUCAACCCUGAUGUCAUGGAAAAGUGGAAAAAUGAGACUGGACUGACAAUUUAUGAAGGAUACGGACAAACUGAAACUGUACUCAUCUGUGGAACCUUCAAGGGAAUGAAAGUUAAACCUGGUUCUAUGGGAAAGCCAUCUCCAGCUUAUAAUGUUCAGAUUAUAGAUGACCAUGGCGAUGUCUUACCGCCAGGAAAAGAGGGAGAUAUUGCUAUCACUGUUAAACCUACCCGGCCAUUCACACUUUUCUCUGGAUAUGUUGAUGAUCCAGAAAAAUCCAAUGCUUUACUUCGUGGUGACUUUUAUCUGACUGGAGACAGAGGAAUCCAAGAUGAAGAUGGAUACAUCUGGUUUGUUGGAAGGGGUGAUGAUAUUAUCUUGUCUUCUGGGUAUCGUAUUGGCCCAUUUGAAGUCGAGAGUGCAUUAACAGAACACCCAGCUGUUGCAGAAUCUGCUGUUGUUAGCAGUCCAGAUCCCAUCCGAGGAGAGGUUGUGAAGGCUUUUGUUGUCCUGACCAGUGCCUACAAGUCACAUGAUCCAGACAGAUUAGUUAAAGAACUACAAGAACAUGUAAAAGCUGUCACAGCACCAUAUAAAUACCCAAGGAAGGUUGAAUUUGUAGAAGAGCUGCCAAAGACCGUCAGUGGAAAAAUCAGAAGAGUCGAGUUAAGAAACAAAGAAUGGAGACGAACAUAAAACUAACAUUUUAUUCUCCUCUGUUUGUAACCUUACUGAUGAGGUCUGGAAUAAUGACUGUUUGUUUCAGGCAAUCAUGUCAUAAUGGCAACUAAGUUCUGUGAAUAUGAAAGUUAGUUUGAAACUUGUACUUAUAAUGGUUUAUGCUUAGAGCAUACUUAAGAGAUGGCCUUAUCCAUUGUCCUUAUCCUCAAAUGUAAUUAUAUUUUUUGACUCAAGAUGAUGAAUCAUGAUAGUAAGUCACUACAACAGCUUUAAUUUCCACCACAGUAGCAUGUAAACUAUACUCUGACAGACAAUAUCAAAUGUGUUGUAUCAGAAAAUAGUACUAAACUGCACCAAAGAGGUCAGUCUGCUGUUCUAUUAAAAUCUAAUCUUUCAUCCAGGAUGAACCACAUUAGAAAUGCAUACUCUGGUAUAGAUCUAUGAAGUUUACAGUUUUUAAAAAAAUUCAAUACAUAAAAAAUAUAUCUAUUCAGCUCCAGUGCUCAGGUCUUUAAAAUGAAUUCAUCAGUAAAGGAAAGAUAUACUCUGUAGCACCAUAUGUCAGUAACUUCUUUUAUGUGAAAUGUAUGCUAAAAGUAAUAUUUAUGCAUCUUAAUUUCAGUUGUUUUGAUUCCCAGGUGGAGCUAAUACCUGUAUAGUCAUGCAGGUACAUGAGGUGCUUGGACACUUUUCUAAGUUUCCAUAAACCUGUUUUUUAAGUUUGGACCAAAGUAAAUAUUUGCAGUAUUCAUUCCAGUGGACAUCUCCAAUUUAAGUAAUUGCGUCUCCUACAUUCAGCUUUGUUUAUAUAAAAACAUUCUAAACUGGCUGUGCAAUCUUGUUGAAAGAAGUGUAUACUGUGUCCCUUCAUAGUUGGUCAAAAUUUCCAAGAGCUAAAAUCAGAAACUGAAAUACGUUGUGUAUUUCAAUACAACUUGAGGCUGUGCUUCAAGUUAGUACUUUUGUUUAUUAAUAUUGCAGUGAAUUCUGUGGUAUGAAUUGUUGAAUUUAAUUCUGUGUAGUAAUUACUUUUUUACUUUUCACAUUUCCAUUCUUUCAUUGACCUUAAAUGACAGUUAUAUAUUACUGCAGUGUUUAUGAGCAGUCCUUUUUGAGAAUAUUGUGAUAUCCUUCCAGGAAAGCAAAAUCAACUCAAAUUACAAAAAUGAAGUGAAUUCUGCAUACCAUUUUCACAAUCCUGUUUACAUAAAGGACAACUUCAUCCUUGAAUAUUGUUAGCCUUAUCUCUAGGCUAUUAUUUUCUCCCUACAUCUCCUAGAGCUUAUCAAAAGCUCUUUUAUACCUUUCACUUUUUAAUUUUCUCUUGUUUUCCUGCCAUGUAUCACAAAGCUCUAAGUGAAACAAUAAAAAUUUUGUACUUUUCAGUAAUGUUCAGUUCCCACAGUUUUACAUGUUGAAUCUGUCUUGCAGAGGCCUAUAAUGUCCUGUAAACAGCUAAACUGAAUCUAUUUCCAAAGUUAGUUAUUGGGUAAAUCUUUAUAUAAAGAAAAAGAAUGAGUUAUACUGCAACAUUACAUAAACAAACUAGCAAAUAUAUUCUCUUUUAGUCAGUGAAAUGUUGCUUUUAUGCAUUUAACUACAAAAGUUCAAUAUCAAAUCUAUAGGCAGAUGUCCCUUGUUCUUUUAGCUCUUUGAAGUGCAAAGCAAGUUUCAAUCAUCUAAAAAUGGGUAAGGAUUACAAUUGUCAUACUUUGCAAGAGUUGGGAGGGGAUCUUGAUAGUUUGAGGAUUGCAGCUUUGAAAACUGAAUACCACCCUGCUUUUUUCAUCUCUUUUGUACUGAAAAAAAAGGUAAAUGUACCAAGAAAGGCUUUUAGAAGAUUAAAGUAAGCAGAUGUCAGAGUCAUUUCAAACAAAAUCACUGACUCCGCUUUCAUACAUCUAAAAAAGCCAGUCACUCAAAGCUCUGUCACUUUAAGUAAAUUAAGGAAAAAGAAAAAAAAAAUGUAUUUAGUGUUUUCCAGACCAUCUCAUUUUAGAGGAUUCCAACUCCAUUCCUGGAGGAGGGCAAAGAGACUGAUAAACAAAAUUGCAUUAAUAUGGUUCACCUCAUGAUAAAUGAUGGCCAUUCUGUGGUAAAAUAAUUGAUACCUUAGCAGUCCAUAAAAUUUUAAGAUAUGACAAAGAUAUUUUGUUUUUGUGUGGAGUUUUCCCUUAACAUAACUUAAGUUCAGCAUCAAUGCGCAUCAGUUGAAUGGAUUUUCCCAGCAGCAAUCUCUCUUGAAAUGAGAGUUUUUUAUACUUAGAGACAGUAGCAAGGCAAACAUCAGUGGAAAUAGAUUUUCCCAGCAGUAAUAUCUCUUGAAAUGAGGGUUUUUACACUGAGAGAUAGUAGCAAAGCAAACAUCACCACUACUACAAGUACCCUAUGAGAUCAUGCGUGUAACAAGGAUGGUACUUACAGCCCUACCUACUACAAAAACAAACGUUAUCAUUUAAUUGCACCUGUGUACAGUCCUGAUAUUAAUGUCGAUUCUUGAUCAGUCUACCAUAUGACGUUCAGUAGUAAUUUGCUCUGACUGUUGAAUUUAACUCGCUCACACUCAAAUACUGUGUUUGGAUAAGGCACAGCAACUGCUUGUCUGAACUUGUAUUUGAGUUUGAGCAAGAGUGGCAGCCUAUACAAGCUACAAAAUGUUCAAGUGCCCAGCUUCAAGAUGGUCAUCUUCAAGAGUUUGGGACUCAAGCGCUUGUAGCAGAAAUGUGUGAAAGGAUUAAGGAACAGAAUUAUAUUAAACUAAGGGAUGUUUUGAAAAAAGAUAAGAAGAAAGUUGAAAUGAAUAUGCAGGAAAGAUUUAAAAAAAGUCUUAGAGACUUUUUGGGAGACUGUUAUUAAAUCCAUUGCCUGUUUAGGGCUAAAUAAAAUAUAAUCAAAAAAGGUAUGUAAAGUGUAUAGUCUGAUCAGGGACACUGAUUUCCCAUUUUCUUGCAGGAAAAUAUACUAGAAAAUCCUGAAUCUGGACUGUCUGAGUAUGGCAAAAACAUGGUAUUUUCAUGGAAAUUGGCAUUUUAAGUGAGAAUAAAUCAUUAAGUGCAACAUGUAA